AUGCUUGCUAUGAGGCUGGAAAAAAUCCUUCCUAGGUUCAUAUGCUCUACACAGACUGGGUUCAUUAAAGGUCGAUAUAUUCUGGAAAACCUCAUCACCAGUUGGGAAGCUAUGGACUGGGCUAAGGUUUCUGGGCAACAUGCUACUAUGUUUCUCCUAGAUUUCAAAAAAGUCUAUGAUAGGGUGGAAUGGGGCUUUAUUCUCCUGAUGCUUGAAUCCUUUGGUUUUCCUGGGGAAUUUUUCUACUAUGUUAGAGUCCUCCUACAGGAUGGUUCUGCACAGAUUGAUGUUAAUGGCUCCCUCUCACCUCCUAUUUCGCUUUCCUGCUCCAUUCGUCAGGGGUGCCCUCUAGCCCUUGCCCUAUUUGUCAUUGCCUCAGAUGCGUUAUACUAUCUCCUUAGAGAUAGCUCGCUCUCCCCCAAAGUAAAUGGAGUUAGGCUCCCUGAUGACAAUGAACUUAUCAACAUUCAAUUUGCUGAUGACACAGCCCUCUUUGUGGAACUUACCAAAACUAACAUAGAUCACCUUAAUCAAAAACUUCACCUGUUUGGCUCUAUCUCGGGAGCCCGGAUCUCUAAGGCCAAGUCGACAUUCCUUAGUUGGAAGGAGCAUCCCCCGGAUUGGUUUGAGAACUUUGAGUAUCAAUGGGGUGGCCUGUCCAAGAUUGUUAGAUACCUUGGUGCCCCUUUUCUGUAUCCCCCUCCCUGA